AUGACGGAAUACGACUACUCUCCUGAAGCAGCGGAGCGCUACCAAGCGACCAUGCGGCGGAUUUCUCGCUGGGUCGACGAUGCUCAAGCUCAUGCUUCCGAGUACAGGUCGCCCUUUGGUCCUCGUUCGGAUGUCGGAGACGAUGAUGCUCCUGGGCCACAUCAGGCCGUGCUCACCCGGGGUAUCUCCCAGCGAGUACCUCCCCCGCCCCCGCCUCCGAUGAACUUGUACGCUCCGGUACCCGGACCUAUGCCGCCACAUAACCAUGGUCCUGCCCCCCCUCCCUCUGCUUCUCGUCACCACCAGCCAGCAAUACCACUACACGGCCCCGCGCCACCACCCACCACCACACGUCACUCCUCCUCCACUCGCCGCUCCCAAUCAAAACACCGUCCCAGCCAGACUUACUACGUCUCGCCUACGCCUACACCACCACCACCGCCUCCACCGCCGUAUUACCCCGGGUAUACUAAUCACAACCCAUAUUACCCAACACCGUAUCCCAAUCCACCCGCGCCACCACCGCAGUACUACCGCGGCGCAUACGCGCCGCCACCAGGAGGAUACGUGAUUGUUCCACCACAACAAAAAGGAGGCAGGUCAUCAUCUAGAGUCGUGCCGGUCGUGUUUUCCACAUCUUCGUCGACGGAUUCCGAUACGCCUCCGCUGCCACCGCAUCGACAUCCUUCGUUCCUGCAGAGGGUGUUCCAAGGGGGGCAUCGCACUCCUACACCCGUCACCGUCGCUCCCGGGUUUUUUUAUCUUCUUAUCACGCGUCAAUACUAUAUUCAUUCGAACAUUUUCGUAUAG